AUGUCUCGCCUCAUUGUGAAAGACAGCAUUCAUGCCUCCGCAGUCUGCAAAGCGUGGUAUAAAUCUAGUGUCUCUAUCCAGAUUAAGAGUAUACAUCUAUUGUUUAUGAAACUCCAUUUAUCCUCAAGAACCAAAGGGUCUUGUGAGUUGUACGAUCCCUCACAGGAUACAACACACACUAUCGAGUUUCCAGAAUUAGCAAGCAUGAGAGUUUAUUACUCCAAAGAUGGUUGGUUGCUUAUGCAGAAAAAACGUUCAUCUGAGAUGUUUUUCUUCAAUCCAUUUACUCGGACGCUCAUCAAUUUGCCUACUUGUUACAACGAAUCCGCUAUUUUCACAUGCGCACCUACAUCCAGUAGUUGUUUGGUUUUUGGGUUGACAAACAUCGACAUCAACAGGAAUAUAGUUGGAGUCAACACUUUUAGGUUCGGCGAAAUCCAGUGGACGACUACUCAUUUCAUAAGUCAUGAACGUUUUUUCGCUUAUUACAACAAAAUUAUCUUCUCAGGAGGUCUCUUUUAUUGUCUUGGUGGAUUUGGCUCUUUAGCGGUGUUUGAUCCAUCCAAACACACUUGGAACAGUCACUGUCUAAAGUAUGAUGAAGACUUCUCAACUUCGACAAAAAUACCAAUAUGGUUUGGAACUUACUUUCUAGAGAUUAAAAGAGAUAUUUUUCUCCUAAGAAAUUUGGGUGAGAAGCCGCGAGUGUUUCGACUAAACCGUGAUGGAGAUUGGAAUUGGGAAGAGAAAGAAAAAAAUAAAGAUUGGUUGACGAUUUUUGGAGCUUCUUGUGCAUCCGAGUUUAGAUCAGACCUUGCAAACGACAUGAAAAAUAAACUAUUUUUAACUGAGUCGCGUCAUCCCAUGGUUACUACAUAUUUCUUUGAUGAAGGUAAGUAUCUCCCGGGAACUUCAUGUAUACCAGCUUGUGGUAGGAAAACUAUGAUUGAAAGUGUUUGGAUUGAGCCACCAAAACAAUGCUUAGAUUUUAUCUAA